GACUCCUCGGCAGCCGUGGGUUUCGGUGCAGACAUGGCCAAGUCCAAGAACCACACCACACACAACCAGUACCAAAAAUGGCAUCGAAAUGGCAUCAAGAAACCUCGAUCACAAAGAUAUGAAUCUCUUAAAAGGGUGAACCCUAAAUUCCUGAGGAACAUGAGCUUUGCCAAGAAGCACAACAGGAAUGGUCUGAAGAAGACGCAGGCCAACAAUGCCAAGGCCAUGAGUGCACGACUGGAGGCCAUCAUGGCCCUCAAAAAGCCCAAGGAGGUUCAGAAGGGUGACCCAAAGGGCAGCAGCCUCAAGAUGAGUGAUCUUGCCUACAUUGCCCACUCUAAGCUUGGCAAACGUGCUCACGCCCAUAUGGCCAAGGGCCUCAGGCUCUCUCGGCCAAAGGCCAACAAGGCCAAGGCUCAGACCAAGACCCAGACCAAGGUCCAGGCCUCAGCUGCAGCUCCAUCUUCAGUUCCCGCUCGGGCUCGGGCUCAGGCUCGGACUCGGGCUCCCAAAGGUGUCCAGGCCCCCACAAAAGCCCCAGAGUGGUUUUCUGGAGGAUAUACAUGUGUCUCAGAAGGCUUCACUGAUUAUAUUUCCAAGGAAUUCCGAGCACCUCAUGAUGCUAGUUUAGUGCAGAUUGGCAUUGCUCCUACCUGUGACGUGGUUGCUUCUCCUACAGUCCUUAUUGCUGAAUUACCAACUUUGCAUUUUAAGUGUACCUGA